AUGUACAACCUACUAUUGCUGGUACUGUUAUUUUGUGUUCCUGCUACAAUAUCCACCGAAUCUGCAUUACAUAAAAAAGCACAUGCAAAUGGACAGAAAGAAUAUUCAUUUAUGAAAGAGAUCAAAAAGAAUCAAUGCACAUGCACCUGUUCCUGCAUUCCACAAACCGAAAAAGACAAAAACACUGCAACAUCUGCAGAAUCAUCUACUUGGACGAUCGCGGAAGAAACGACAUACAACACUGAAAUUUGGAAAACCGACAAAACCAGCAAACACCAUUCAGAAGAGCAUAAAGGAACAAAACCCUCAACAUACAUAUUGAUGAGCACAACUCAAGCUAUAAAUGAAAACGAUUUUGAAGAAAAAAUUCUGGAAGAAUUAGAAAAAAUCAUUCAACAUCAGGAACUAGGAGAAAAGAGAAAAACGACAUAUAUGGAAGCUUCAGUAUCACCAUCAGCUGGCACUGUGCCGCUUGGUCUUGGUGUAUCGGUUGGACUGUUUUCGAAACCAGAAUUGUCAGUGUCGAUGAAGUCAACUAUAUCUGCAAUUGAAACUGGCAUUGAAGGAAGAACUCAAGAAGAGGAAGAAGAGGAGGAGUACAAAAAAUUGGGCAAAAAAGGAGAAACGACAUAUAUGGAAGCUUCAGUAUCACCAUCAGCUGGUACCGGGCUGCUUGGUCUUGGUCUAUCGAUGACAUCGUCCUCUAUCCCUGAAUCUUCAGUGUCGAUGAAGUCAACUGUAUCUGCAAAUGAAACAGGCGUUGAAGGAAGGAUUCAAGAAGAGGAAGAAGAGGAGGAAUACAAAAAAUUGGGCAAAAAAGGAGAAACGACAUAUAUGGAAGCUUCAGUAUCACCAUCAGCUGGCACUGGGCUGCCUGGUCUUGGUCUAUCGAUGACAUCGUCCUCUAUCCCUGAAUAUUCAGUGUCGAUGAAGUCAACUGUAUCUGCAAAUGAAACAGGAAUUGAGGAAAGAAUUCAAGAGGAGGAAGAAGAAAUGAAAAGACUGGGAGAAAAGGGAGAAACGACAUAUAUGGAAGCUUCAGUAUCACCAUCAGCAGGCACUGGGCUGCAUGGUCUUGGUCUAUCGAUGACACCCUUCUCAACACCUGAAUCUUCAGUGUCGAUGAAGUCAACUGUAUCUGCAAAUGAAACAGGCGUUGAAGGAAGGAUUCAAGAAGAGGAAGAAGAGGAGGAAUACAAAAAAUUGGGCGAAAAAGGAGAAACGACAUAUAUGGAAGCUUCAGUAUCACCAUCAGCUGGUACCGGGCUGCUUGGUCUUGGUCUAUCGAUGACAUCGUCCUCUAUACCUGAAUCUUCAGUGUCGAUGAAGUCAACUGUAUCUGCAAAUGAGACAGGCAUUGAAGGAAGGAUUCAAGAAGAGGAAGAAGAGGAGGAAUACAAAAAAUUGGGCGAAAAAGGAGAAACGACAUAUAUGGAAGCUUCAGUAUCACCAUCAGCUGGUACCGGGCUGCUUGGUCUUGGUCUAUCGAUGACAUCGUCCUCUAUCCCUGAAUCUUCAGUGUCGAUGAAGUCAACUGUAUCUGCAAAUGAAACAGGCGUUGAAGGAAGGAUUCAAGAAGAGGAAGAAGAGGAGGAAUACAAAAAAUUGGGCAAAAAAGGAGAAACGACAUAUAUGGAAGCUUCAGUAUCACCAUCAGCUGGCACUGGGCUGCCUGGUCUUGGUCUAUCGAUGACAUCGUCCUCUAUCCCUGAAUCUUCAGUGUCGAUGAAGUCAACUGUAUCUGCAAAUGAAACAGGCGUUGAAGGAAGGAUUCAAGAAGAGGAAGAAGAGGAGGAAUACAAAAAAUUGGGCGAAAAAGGAGAAACGACAUAUAUGGAAGCUUCAGUAUCACCAUCAGCUGGUACCGGGCUGCUUGGUCUUGGUCUAUCGAUGACAUCGUCCUCUAUACCUGAAUCUUCAGUGUCGAUGAAGUCAACUGUAUCUGCAAAUGAGACAGGCAUUGAAGGAAGGAUUCAAGAAGAGGAAGAAGAGGAGGAAUACAAAAAAUUGGGCGAAAAAGGAGAAACGACAUAUAUGGAAGCUUCAGUAUCACCAUCAGCUGGUACCGGGCUGCUUGGUUUUGGUCUAUCGAUGACAUCGUCCUCUAUCCCUGAAUCUUCAGUGUCGAUGAAGUCAACUGUAUCUGCAAAUGAAACAGGAAUUGAGGAAAGAAUUCAAGAGGAGGAAGAAGAAAUGAAAAGACCGGGAGAAAAGGGAGAAACGACAUAUAUGGAAGCUCCAGUAUCACCAUCAGCAGGCACUGGGCUGCUUGGUCUUGGUCUAUCGAUGACACCUUUCUCUAUACCUGAAUCUUCAGUGUCGAUGAAGUCAACUGUAUCUGCAAAUGAAACAGGAAUUGGGGAAAGAAUUCAAGAGGAGGAAGAAGAAAUGAAAAGACCGGGAGAAAAGGGAGAAACGACAUAUAUGGAAGCUCCAGUAUCACCAUCAGCAGGCACUGGGCUGCUUGGUCUUGGUCUAUCGAUGACACCUUUCUCUAUACCUGAAUCUUCAGUAUCGAUGAAGUCAACUGUAUCUGCAAAUGAGACAGGCAUUGAAGGAAGAAUUCAAGAAGAGGAAGAAGAGGAGGAAUACAAAAAAUUGGGCGAAAAAGGAGAAACGACAUAUAUGGAAGCUUCAGUAUCACCAUCAGCUGGUACCGGGCUGCUUGGUCUUGGUCUAUCGAUGACAUCGUCCUCUAUCCCUGAAUCUUCAGUGUCGAUGAAGUCAACUGUAUCUGCAAAUGAAACAGGCGUUGAAGGAAGGAUUCAAGAAGAGGAAGAAGAGGAGGAAUACAAAAAAUUGGGCAAAAAAGGAGAAACGACAUAUAUGGAAGCUUCAGUAUCACCAUCAGCUGGCACUGGGCUGCUUGGUCUUGGUCUAUCGAUGACACCCUUCUCAUCACCUGAAUCUUCAGUAUCGAUGAAGUCAACUGUAUCUGCAAAUGAAACAGGAAUUGAAGGAAGAAUUCACGAAGAGGAAGAAGAGGAGGAAUACAAAAAAUUGGGCGAAAAAGGAGAAACGACAUAUAUGGAAGCUUCAGUAUCACCAUCAGCAGGCACUGGGCUGCUUGGUCUUGGUCUAUCGAUGACAUCGUCCUCUAUCCCUGAAUCUUCAGUGUCGAUGAAGUCAACUGUAUCUGCAAAUGAGACAGGCAUUGAAGGAAGGAUUCAAGAAGAGGAAGAAGAGGAGGAAUACAAAAAAUUGGGCGAAAAAGGAGAAACGACAUAUAUGGAAGCUUCAGUAUCACCAUCAGCUGGCACUGGGCUGCCUGGUCUUGGUCUAUCGAUGACAUCGUCCUCUAUCCCUGAAUCUUCAGUGUCGAUGAAGUCAACUGUAUCUGCAAAUGAAACAGGAAUUGAGGAAAGAAUUCAAGAGGAGGAAGUAGAAAUGAAAAGACCGGGAGAAAAGGGAGAAACGACAUAUAUGGAAGCUCCAGUAUCACCAUCAGCAGGCACUGGGCUGCUUGGUCUUGGUCUAUCGAUGACACCUUUCUCUAUACCUGAAUCUUCAGUAUCGAUGAAGUCAACUGUAUCUGCAAAUGAGACAGGCAUUGAAGGAAGAAUUCAAGAAGAGGAAGAAGAGGAGGAAUACAAAAAAUUGGGCGAAAAAGGAGAAACGACAUAUAUGGAAGCUUCAGUAUCACCAUCAGCUGGUACCGGGCUGCUUGGUCUUGGUCUAUCGAUGACAUCGUCCUCUAUCCCUGAAUCUUCAGUGUCGAUGAAGUCAACUGUAUCUGCAAAUGAAACAGGCGUUGAAGGAAGGAUUCAAGAAGAGGAAGAAGAGGAGGAAUACAAAAAAUUGGGCAAAAAAGGAGAAACGACAUAUAUGGAAGCUUCAGUAUCACCAUCAGCUGGCACUGGGCUGCUUGGUCUUGGUCUAUCGAUGACACCCUUCUCAUCACCUGAAUCUUCAGUAUCGAUGAAGUCAACUGUAUCUGCAAAUGAAACAGGAAUUGAAGGAAGAAUUCACGAAGAGGAAGAAGAGGAGGAAUACAAAAAAUUGGGCGAAAAAGGAGAAACGACAUAUAUGGAAGCUUCAGUAUCACCAUCAGCAGGCACUGGGCUGCUUGGUCUUGGUCUAUCGAUGACACCUUUCUCUAUACCUGAAUCUUCAGUGUCGAUGAAGUCAACUGUAUCUGCAAAUGAAACAGGAAUUGGGGAAAGAAUUCAAGAGGAGGAAGAAGAAAUGAAAAGACCGGGAGAAAAGGGAGAAACGACAUAUAUGGAAGCUCCAGUAUCACCAUCAGCAGGCACUGGGCUGCUUGGUCUUGGUCUAUCGAUGACACCUUUCUCUAUACCUGAAUCUUCAGUAUCGAUGAAGUCAACUGUAUCUGCAAAUGAGACAGGCAUUGAAGGAAGAAUUCAAGAAGAGGAAGAAGAGGAGGAAUACAAAAAAUUGGGCGAAAAAGGAGAAACGACAUAUAUGGAAGCUUCAGUAUCACCAUCAGCUGGCACUGGGCUGCUUGGUCUUGGUCUAUCGAUGACAUCGUCCUCUAUCCCUGAAUCUUCAGUAUCGAUGAAGUCAACUGUAUCUGCAAAUGAGACAGGCAUUGAAGGAAGAAUUCAAGAAGAGGAAGAAGAGGAGGAAUACAAAAAAUUGGGCGAAAAAGGAGAAACGACAUAUAUGGAAGCUUCAGUAUCACCAUCAGCUGGUACCGGGCUGCUUGGUCUUGGUCUAUCGAUGACAUCGUCCUCUAUCCCUGAAUCUUCAGUGUCGAUGAAGUCAACUGUAUCUGCAAAUGAAACAGGCGUUGAAGGAAGGAUUCAAGAAGAGGAAGAAGAGGAGGAAUACAAAAAAUUGGGCGAAAAAGGAGAAACGACAUAUAUGGAAGCUUCAGUAUCACCAUCAGCUGGCACUGGGCUGCUUGGUCUUGGUCUAUCGAUGACAUCGUCCUCUAUCCCUGAAUCUUCAGUGUCGAUGAAGUCAACUGUAUCUGCAAAUGAAACAGGAAUUGAGGAAAGAAUUCAAGAGGAGGAAGAAGAAAUGAAAAGACCGGGAGAAAAGGGAGAAACGACAUAUAUGGAAGCUUCAGUAUCACCAUCAGCAGGCACUGGGCUGCUUGGUCUUGGUCUAUCGAUGACACCUUUCUCUAUACCUGAAUCUUCAGUGUCGAUGAAGUCAACUGUAUCUGCAAAUGAAACAGGAAUUGAGGAAAGAAUUCAAGAGGAGGAAGAAGAAAUGAAAAGACUGGGAGAAAAGGGAGAAACGACAUAUAUGGAAGCUCCAGUAUCACCAUCAGCAGGCACUGGGCUGCUUGGUCUUGGUCUAUCGAUGACACCUUUCUCUAUACCUGAAUCUUCAGUAUCGAUGAAGUCAACUGUAUCUGCAAAUGAGACAGGCAUUGAAGGAAGAAUUCAAGAAGAGGAAGAAGAGGAGGAAUACAAAAAAUUGGGCGAAAAAGGAGAAACGACAUAUAUGGAAGCUUCAGUAUCACCAUCAGCUGGUACCGGGCUGCUUGGUCUUGGUCUAUCGAUGACAUCGUCCUCUAUCCCUGAAUCUUCAGUGUCGAUGAAGUCAACUGUAUCUGCAAAUGAAACAGGCGUUGAAGGAAGGAUUCAAGAAGAGGAAGAAGAGGAGGAAUACAAAAAUUGGGCAAAAAAGGAGAAACGACAUAUAUGGAAGCUUCAGUAUCACCAUCAGCUGGCACUGGGCUGCUUGGUCUUGGUCUAUCGAUGA